AUUGGGCCACCACGCCCCUCUUUAUGAAGCAUGCAUGAGAGGAGGCCUCACCUACAUUGUAUGUCUCUAAAAUCAACUGUUUGUCUCCCUGCUAACUGCUACAGUUGCUAGCUACCACUGUCACUACCAGGACCAAGUUAUUGGAGAUACUACGCUGUAACCAUGGCAAUUCAUGGAGGGGGCAUGACCAAUUGGCAAGUCAAUCUCAAACUAAUGGACGACGAUGAAGAUCAGGACAGUGACACUGACUCUAAGCUGAGUGGUUCAGCCCUAGUGGACUCUGUCAUGAAGCGUCUGCGUAGCAAGCACAGUCACUACAAGGACGGUCAGUAUAGUGGGGGUGGGGGGGAGUUUGACCAUACCCUCCGAGAGCAGGACGAGGAGAACGAUGAAGACUUGUACCCUGACCCCACAAGACACCCUCUCUCUGACGUGCAAUCUCCUCCCGGUCGGUAUGGUAACCAAGCUCCUAAUGGGCACGUGGAUGGGGGCGGGGCCAACACGUCCAAUUCACCCAGGUCACAUCGGAGGAACUACGAGAACUCCUCUAACUCUUAUUACAAUCGCAAACCAGAAGCACUCAGUCCCGUGCCAGAAUUCGCGAUACGCUCGAUUGAUGGCCCCGCCCACAACCAGUGGGGGAGCGCAGGACGACGUAAUGCCAGUGAUGAUUACCCCCCACACGGCCUCAGUGGAGGAGGGGGUCCAAACACCCGGAGCAUGGAGAAUAUUCCACACGGGUCACCCAGUACGAGGAGACGAAGGAACUACGAGCAAACUCAGAUUGGAGUUGGGGGCGUGGUUACCAACAGCAGACCUGGAUACAGGGAUGGUCGUGUCCCUCCUUCCCAACUGAGCAGCGGUGACAUGUCCUCCACACACAGUCGCAGCCAAGAGGCACUCCCUCUGAUAGGCCACAACCACCUUAUGUCAAGCCCCGCCCAUCGUCCGCAUCAUGAUGUCGCUCAGAGUGAUAUCAACGUGGGAAGCUACGGCAAACCCUUUCCUCGUAGGGGCAGUGCUGACAGACCAGUAUAUCAUCCACACCUCCACUCUGCACCCGCCUCACAAGUUGUCCUCUCUUCGUCAGCCCCCCAACGCUCGUGGGCGGAUUCGACACACCCUCCCAUGCUCGGAUACGACCCUUCACGCACACCCCCCGGUCAGAGAAGAGGCAGACACGAGAUGCCACGAGACACUUCGUACAGCAGUAACCUACACGAAUCGUCAGGGAGAUAUCUAGAUGACUCUAUGGAGCAGUCAGGUGGUGGUCUCCUUCGCUCAGAGCGCUCUUCUGGGAAGGGCAAUGAGCCAAACCUCAAUGAUGUGGUGGAUUUCCUCAGUUCUGAUGAUGCAGGUUUGGUCUCUAAUGCAGCCAGUUACCUUCAACACCUGGCUUAUGGCGAUGACAACAUGAAGUCAAAGAUAAGGACGUAUGGUGCCAUUCCUGCACUGGUGAACCAGCUGAGACGUCCGGAGACGAGGGUGCAGAUGGCAGUACUGGGUGCUCUCAGAAACCUGUCAUUUGGACGGGCCAACGACGAGAACAAAAUGGAAAUAGCAGGUGAACAUGGGCUGGCUGAGAUCCUGCUGGCUCUGAGAAUGAGUCGGGUUGCCGAGGUAAGGGAGCUGCUCACUGGAUUACUCUGGAACCUCUCCUCCUGCGAGGAAAUGAAACUUCGUAUCAUUAAGAGCAGUACCCACGACAUAGUAGAGCUGACGAUGGUCCCGUACACUGGGUGGAGUCUGGAGGCGGCCAAGGACCCUCUGGCUAAACCUAGCUUCAUACAGUGGAACAUUGAGCUGAGAAACAUCACUGGUACGUUACGGAACAUCUCCUCAUCGGGUGAACCAUCGCGAGUUUGUAUGAGGGCCAGCAAUGGACUGGUCGACACGCUUGUAUGGCUGCUUAGGUCUGCGGUACUCCACAAGGCAGCUGCUGAUGAAAAGGCUGUGGAGAAUGCAGCAUGUGUCUUGCGUAACCUCUCUUAUCGUCUCGAGAACGAAGUGGAUCCUCAGGAAGGGACGGGGGAUGUACUGGACCAUGACUGGGAAGAGGAGCAACGGAAAGACAUGGAUGAGAUCACGCAGCCUUUCUCCAACUCAAGUCCCGGGUGUUUGGCGUUUCUCAAAAGAUCUCGUGGGAACAGUCGACGGGAAAGAGGGCGUGUCCAUAGUCCCAUGGUCAGCAGACCGUCCUACAGUGUGGACUACGCUAAUCCUGAUCCGUCCUCUCUCCCAAAACGCACCGGACCUGUGUACGGAAUGGCAUUGCUAUGGCAACCGGACAUCGUGUAUCUGUACCUGGCCCUAAUUGAGCAUUUCUCUGUUGCCAUAGAAACCAUUGAGGCGGCCGCCGGUGCAAUUCAAAACCUCACAGCAUGCAACUGGAAGUGGGCGGUGUAUGCUCGUAACAUGAUCCGGACGUCCAAUGGCCUGCGUCUAUUGGCAGAGCUACUCAACAAUGGCCAUGAUGCGGUGGUGAGGGCAGCAGCCAUGGCUCUUAGAAACCUAGCCAUCGACCCUCGAAACAAAACCUCUCUAGGUCCUCAAGUGAUAGCAUCAGUGAUCCCCCGCCUCCCGUACGGAUCAAACCACCUGGGUAUGUCCGAGGAGACCACCAUCUCACUCCUCUGUUGUCUCAUGGAGGUCUGCACUGAGAGCACCACUAAUGCACGCCUGGUCCUGGAGACUGGAGAGGGUCUGUCGUUCCUCACACGUCUCACGUGGUCAAGACAACACACUCAGAAGAUCAUCUUUGCUGCCGGGAAGCUCUGCUCCAUCCUGUACGAGUGCAAAGAGUGUAAGUCAGCGCUUAAGAAAGAGGGUUGGGAAAUGAGCCAGUUUCAAAAGUUAGUAAAAGAGUCAAGCUCCCAAUUUGAUUUUGAGCAGAGAGUGAGCAUCUCUCGUGACUACCAGGGUUCUCGGAGGAAGAAGAGAAGUAAGAAGGUGUCAAAGAAGUCAAAACGCCCAGGUCGCCAAGAUGAUGAGGAGAGUGUGAUGAGUGGAAUGAGUGGAGUGAGACAUGAGCCAAUGUCAGCCACGUCGUCGAUGAUAUCAGGGGCUUCCCCUAUGCACAUCUCCCACCCCCAACCCCCUCGCUCACUACCCCCCACAGCCGAGGAGGAGCAGCUGAUGGACAUGGAGGAACCAGGCUAUCAGCUCAUACCCAAAGAGGAACCGGGACCUGUCAUUUAUCAGAGUAUUGACGACCCAGACCUGAAGCAGACCCACCCGGUCACCCCUUCCUCAGUGCCCGCCCCUCGGUCCGACACUGCCCCCCACACAGAGACAGCUGGCUCUACAACCAGCGGCCCCCUGUCAACCACCGGCCCACUCUCGGCCACCUCGCAGGAGGAGUCUGAGCCAGACCCCAACGCCACUUACGCCUCGGUUGACAUUCACAAGAAAAGAGCAUCUCGUCGGCAAAAGGAGAAAGAAAAGAAAGAGAAAGAGAUAGUAAAAGAGGAGCCACCGCAAGAGGACUCGUGGGUGUAGCUCAUUCUGUGUGUCUAAUUCAAACUCAACAGUAACUAUUAUUUUUAGGAUGCAAUGUCACCCCCUUUUUGUGCACCUUCUGACCAGCUUACAUUCAACCACCUUCUAAUAAUUAUAGUCCUAUAUGUAUGACAUGUAUUUCAUCAAUGCUGCGAAUGCAGACUAGAUCACCAUGGCUAUAGAUGUAAAUUGUACACAUGCAGUUUUUAUCGAACAUUCUAUAUAUGAAAUUAUUGUGUAAUCGCAA